AACGAUGAUGUAGCAGACCAUUCGAAUGAUAUUAGUAAAGUUGGUGAUCUGAUUAUUGAAGAGACUGAUGAAUGGAUACCACCAACUGAUGAGCAAGGACCACUCCCUCCCUCUCUCUCUCCCUCUGCCCCCAUCACCUCUCAUUAUAAGGAAGAUAUUGGGAUUGAAGAAUGUGAUGAUGAAAAAGAUUUAUCAAUUACUGAUAAUGGGGUUAAUGAAUACCAGUCUGAACCUCAGUCUUCGUCAAGAAGGAAUGAGUCUCAGUCUUCCAGGAACAGGUCUCAGUCUAAAAGGAAUGGGUCUGAGUCUAAGAAGAAUGGAUCUGUGUCUAAGAAAAAGGGGUCUGCAUUUAAGAGGAAUGGGUCUGAGACUACCAGGAAUGGGUCUGAAUUUAACAGGAAUGAGUCUCAGCCUAAAAGGAGUUAUGAGUAUCGGAAAACUGCUAAUCUUUCUUCAGUUUCAAGUGAAUUGACGUACGUUAGUCGACAUAUCAGAAGAGAAGGAGGAGGAGGAGGGAGGGAACUUUAAGGAUUCUCCUCAAGCAAUGGAGAGGGACAGGAGUGAGAAUAUCAAUAAUGAAGUACAUGUACUGGAUGAAAUGGAAAGAGGAGAAGGGGAGGAAGAGGAGGAGGAGGAGGAGAAUAGAGUUGAAGGUGUUCCUGAGAUGCCAUUACUGAGAGUGAAAUCAACUACAAGUCUUUAUGUACCAGAUUAUGAGUAUCAGAAUAAGAGGAAGAGAGCCACUCCUUCAUAUGCUGCUCAUUGCAUUAACAGUUCAACUGCUCUUGGACCACCUUGUCCUCUGUAUGGGGUCACACAACCAACUGAAGCUGAAAGUAAGAUUUACAUGUACAU